AUGGCGCGAACAUUCCGGAUUUGUUCAUCUCUGCUAGUGCUGGCCUUGAUGCUCUUGCGGGUGUCGGGACAGGCAACGAAGCCAGUGUAUGCGCAUUUCAUGCUCGGAAUCGUGGAAAACUACACCACGUCAGACUGGAGACUCGACAUGACCCAAGCUCAAGAAAUCGGCAUCGACGGCUUCGCCCUGAACUGCGCUCCAGCCCGCGUCGACAGCUACACCCCAAAACAGCUCGCAAACGCCUACCAAGCAGCCAGUGACCUCAACUUCACCGUCUUCAUCUCCUUUGAUUUCGCGUACUGGUCUACAGGCGACACCGCAGAGAUCACGUCCAUCGUCGGCAACUACAGCGCGCACCCGGCCCAGGCAAGAUUUGACGGCGGCGCCAUCGUGAGCACCUUUGUAGGCGACAACAUGAACUGGACCGCUGUAAAGAAAGGGUUGCCGCCGGGCCAGAAGAUCACCGCUCUUCCGAUGAUUCAGGAUCCCGCUGGGCUUUCUGUCGCGGAUACGGGGCUCGACGGGGCGUUUUCCUGGUACGCAUGGCCGACAGACGGGGGCAACAGCAUCAUCUCCGGCCCGAUGACGACCAUCUGGGACGAUCGAUUUCUAGCCAAUCUGGGAAGUCGUCCGUACAUGGCUCCCGUUUCACCCUGGUUCUCUACUCACUUCAACACCAAGAAUUGGGUCUUCAUCACCGAAGAGCAACCCGCCAUUCGCUGGAAACAGAUGCUUGCUAUGAAGCCUGCCCUUAUUGAGAUUAUUAGCUGGAAUGAUUUCGGCGAAAGCCACUACAUCUCGGGCUCACAACCAAAUCACACCGACGACGGAUCCUCCGCCUGGGCCACUAGUUUCCCCCACGACGCCUGGCGCAACUUAAUGAAGCCAUACAUAGCAGCCUACAAGUCCGGAGCCGACAAGCCCACAGUCGUCAGCGAUGAGCUGGUAUACUGGUACCGCCCGACACCUAAGAACUCGGUAUGCACAAACGACACCCUCGGCGCGCCAAACGGGACCCAGUACCUCGCCGACGUGGUCUUCGUGGCCACGAUGCUCACGCAGCCCGCCGAGCUGACCGUAACUAGCGGAGGUCAGGCGCCUGCCACGGUGCCUGUCAGCGCGGGGAUCCAAACCACAAACUUCACCAUGGGUGCCGGUGCCCAGAAGUUCUUGCUAUCGCGAGACGGUGUCGCGAUUCUCGGGGGCACGAGCAGCAAGGAGAUUGAAGGAUCUUGUGAGAAAUAUAAUUACAAUGCCUUUGUAGGCUCUUUCAAGGCCUAG